AAAGGUCAUGAACUCUGAACCACAGAACAUAACCUCAAAUUAUUCAUGUCUUCUAACAUAUUUACAAGUAGAGAAAUCGAAAAACUGUAACAAAAAUGUUAAAAUCCAACACUAUUAUUUUCUCAUGUAUUAUACUGCUUUCACUAAUAGCGACAUGUCUUUGUCAACAUGGGCAUUUGCAUGACCACGAACAUCAUGAACACGAACAUCAUGAUCACGAUCAUCAUGAUCACAGUGAAGAUCCAGCAUUUAAAUACUCACAGGCAGCAAACGAGCAAGCCAAAAAACAGAGAGAAUCAACAGAUCAUGCAAAACCAAAGACGCACACAUGGAACACUAAUGAGUUGUGGUUCUAUGCCAUGGGCUCUACAUUUAUUAUCAGUGCUGCCCCGUUUUUGAUUUUGUUUUUAGUUCCUCUUAAUAAUGCUGACAAGGAUGCACCUUUAUUGAAAAUAUUAUUGGCGUUUGCAUCUGGAGGACUGCUUGGAGAUGCCUUCCUGCAUUUGAUACCCCACGCUGCGCUAGCAGUAGCAGAACAUGAAGCUGAACAUGGUCAUAGUCAUGGCCAUAGCCAUGGUAGUGGAGAUGAGGCAGAACAUGUGCAUGAUAUGUCAGUUGGACUUUGGGUGCUGGCCGGCAUUGUUGCAUUUUUGGUAGUUGAAAAAAUUGUAAGAAUAUUGAAGGGUGGCGGGCACGGCCAUUCUCAUGCACCUUCGAAAGGAAAAGACAAGGAUUCCAAGAAAAGCACUGGCAACAAACAGGAUAAAAGUGGCAAGCCUGAAACCGAAAUUACAGGAGAAAAUUCAACCGGCGAAAUGAAGGUUACUGGAUACCUAAACCUCGCAGCAGAUUUUAGCCACAAUUUCACAGAUGGUUUGGCUAUUGGUUCUUCUUAUUUGGCAGGAAACACUGUUGGCAUAGUCACGACCAUUACAAUAUUGUUGCACGAAGUUCCACACGAAAUUGGUGAUUUUGCCAUUCUGCUGCAAAGUGGAGUAUCUAGAAGGAAUGCUAUGCUGUUGCAAUUAUCUACCGCUCUAGGCGCAGUUGCAGGAACCGCAAUAUCUCUGUUUGCCCAAAACAGUGCUGGAGCUAUGGCUGCAUCUUGGGUUCUUCCAUUCACUGCGGGAGGCUUUAUUUACAUAGCGCUAGUAUCUGUGAUUCCUGAAUUACUCGAUGAAAAAAACCCUACUAUUAAACAUAGUCUGUUGCAAAUAUUUUCAAUGUUGUUUGGCGUUGGAAUGAUGGUGUUAGUUGCUGAAUUUGAAUGAGUGUGAAGUUAAUGUAUGCAGGUUUUAAUUUCCACCAAGAGAAAUGAUCACUUUUUGAUUAAAUUAUUAUAUUAUAGAAUGUACAAGGUCUCAGCUUGAGAUAGACAAUUGUUUCUACACUAUUUUUGUAACAUUUUUAUGUAACUUUAUUUGAAAUAGCAGCAAUGCGUUGAUUAUUAUCUAAUAGUUUUAUCUAAAGCUUUAARAACUUWAAUUUUUUACUAUACAUCGUUUAGAGAAUAGAUUGUAUGCAAUGUAA